AUUGAGCUUAAUUUGUCUGAAAUGUGCUAUACAAAUAAAAUGCAGUUGAAUUAAAAUUGCCAUCAAACUGUUUGUUGGAAAUGUAUAAAGCGUCAAGAGUUUUUAUCUUCCAAAAAUAUUUUUUUUCUCUUAUCGACCAAUGUGUUUGUUUCUGUAUUGUUGUAAUAACAUUGUAUGUUAUUAUUUUGUUAUGGCUAUAUGUGUUUUGCACACUCAGAAAUCCCUGCCACGUCCCCCAGGGAUACAUAAUGACCACGGCAGUGACAUAAUAAGGUAUGACACCUUAAAGAGAGGUUACCUGCCACGCCACAGAGCACACACAGACAGCAUGACACCAUGUAGGACAGGUGAAAGACUUUGGAAUUUUUACACCGAUUAUAAAUGUAACUGAGAUUCUGAUUUAAUUGGAUGGUUUUUACUUACUUAUUGUGUCUUAUUCUAAACACAUGUUCUGUCUUCUCUGUUGUGUUCAAUGCCCUUCAUGUACAUUUACCUGUCUCUCCUCUAGUCUAUGAGUUUCAGCUGCGUUGUAAUGAUUUAUGGCAUCCAGCUUUAAAGCUUGUCAUUCAUCAAACUGUCUCCGUUACUGUGUACAUUUUAGAUGGAAAACGGCACUAAUCCCCCUUACUUUAACCUCACCAUGUUUGUGAACAUAGGCAACUACCGCUACCCAACAUUUGUCUUGUGUUUCCUGUUGUGCGCUUUCAUCAUCUCAGCAAAUCUUGUCAUCGUUGUUGUAAUCACCUUUGAGAAGACUCUACAUGAGCCCAUGUAUGUUUUCAUCAUGUGUCUGUCUCUCAACUCUCUGUACGGCACCGCAGGCUUCUUCUUCCGAUUUCUGACUGACCUUUUGUCUGACAGUCAUUUGAUCUCACGACCAGCUUGUUUAACUCAGGUAUAUGUCAUUUACACCUAUGCUUCCUAUGAGCUCACCCUUUUAGGCAUUAUGGCAUAUGAUCGCUAUGUUGCUGUUUGUCAGCCUUUACAUUACCACACCAAAAUGACCUCAAAGGUGGUUUCCAUACUGAUUUUCUUGGCAUGGCUCUAUCCUGCCUUGGCUGUUUUUGCCUGUGUGUAUUUGGCUUCCAGACUUCCAUUGUGUGGAAAUAAGAUACAAAAGGUGUUCUGUGCAAACUGGUCUGUUGUAAAACUGUCAUGUAUCUCGACGGCGCUCAAUAACCUUAUUGGUAUGCUUGUGACGACCAGCACUGUCUUUCUGCCUCUGGCUUUUGUCUUGUACACAUAUGUGCGGAUUUUCCUCCUCUGUCGGAAACGCUCCUCAGAGUUCAAGAGCAAAGUCAUACAAAGCUGUCUGCCACACAUUGUCACGUUUGUCAACUAUUCUAUCACUGUGUUUUGUGAUAUCGCCCUCAGUAGAACCAAUCUGGAGGAGCUGAAUCCGUUUCUGGUGGUUUUCUUAUCACUCGAGUUCGUUUUCAUUCCCCCCCUUGUGAAUCCUCUCGUCUACGGCCUGAAGCUUCCAGAUAUAAGGAAAGUUAUUUUAAGAAUGUUAUCAUGCUCAUAACCUGACUCAAAGAAACAAAACUAAACCUGAGACAUGAGAGCAACAUGAUACACGUGAACUGUUUGAGAUUUUUUGUCAUAAUUCUGAACUUGCAACACCUGGCUGCAGCAAUGACUUUCAAAAAAAAAAUGGGCUCACAGUUGCAUUACCCUUUAAUUCAAAGAAAAAAACAAAAAAACAAUUUCAAAAUAAUGUGA